GACGAAGCCUUGUCGAAAUCACCAUAGCCGCGUGCGCGAAACCGAUGCUGCGGUGGCUUGAGGACCCUGUCAUGGAGCGACUCGACGCCAUCGAGCUCGACCUCAAGCGUGCCCAGGCCGAGCGUGAGGAGGCCGAGAAGAAGGCAGCUGAGGCGAGCGCCGCCAUCGCCGCACUCACCGCGACGGCUGACGGGCUGGCCAGCCGGCUCGACACCCUCGAGCGGCCUGCGCGGCGGCACCGCGCCCGCUGCUGCGAGUUCGACGGGUGCGGCAAGGGCUUCGCAUUCGGCGGCCGUCACCACUGCCGCAAGUGUGGCGGCAGCGUGUGCUCGGCGCACUUUGCGCGGCCGGUCUGCCACAAGUGCCUCGCCGACCAGGCGAGGGCGCCGGUGGUCGGCCAGCGCGCGACCGUGGUGCAGGGCCGGCUGAGCCACGCCGACUCACCGCCGAUCGAGGUGGACCGCGAGGCCGUCGCAGGCACGUGGAAGUGUGUCUCCGUGGAGGGCGACAUGGGCGCUGUGCUCAAGGAGCACGGCUACAACAUGGUGCUGCGAGGAGCCGCCCGCGCCGUGGGGUUUGGCGCUGGGGGCGCCUUCCCGCAGGUCGAGGUGCUGUCGAUGCCCGGCGCAGACGAGGUGCUGUGCAAGCAGAAGGACCCGGUCGGGAGCCGGGUGCUGAAGAUUGUGACGGACGGCGAGUGGCGCGAGAACCCGAUGCCGUUCGGAGGGCCGAAGCUGACGUCAGGCGUCUGGCUUCCGGGGCCGCGAGGCCCGUUCGACACAUUCUCUCUCACGGUCCAGGGCUCCAAGCCGAUGGUCUCGUCGCGCGUGCUCCUGCCCGACAACGACACCGUCCUCGAGACGGUCGAGUGCGCCGGCAAAUCGGCGCAGCGCAGGUGGAAGAGGCAGUAGA